UUUGGAUUAGCAUUAUGAAGCUCAGUCUCCACUAUGCAUGCCUAAGGGGAUUUCGUGAGCUUCACAGACCACUUGUAUUCUCAUAAACGUUGCAUUAAUUCAUUGUGUUCAGCUGUAUUCACGCAAACUCUCCAUGGCCAGGUCAACAUGGAUUUUUCAUAAUGGAAAGGGGCUCAGUAGGCAUGGAGUCUUUCAGCCUGCAUGUGCCGGUGGUUGUAACAGGGAGCUUCCUGGGCUUCCAGUGGCUGUUCUACAGAGGUAGCCCUUGGGUGUCUCAACACCUCUGCAAAGGCUUCCUCAAGCUCAGCCCCACAAAGAGGACAGAGUGGAACUCCAGGGCUGUCUCAACAGUGCAUGCCAUGGUUGUAGGACUGUUUUGUCUCUACAUAUAUAUCAUUGAUGAACCUAUCCAGAAAGACCCAGUCUGGGGAGAUGCAACACUGGUGAAGCUAAAUGUGGCCAUUACCACAGGCUACCUCAUCUCAGAUCUCCUGCUCAUGUUUACCUCAUGGGAGUCAAUUGGAGAGAAAUACUUUGUCAUACACCACUUUGCUGCUCUUUAUGCAUACUACUAUGUGCUGACUCAAGGGAUAUUGCCUUACUUUGCUAAUUUUCGGCUGCUCUCAGAAUUUUCCACCCCCUUUGUGAACCAGCGUUGGUUUUUUCAAAUGUUGGGUUACCACAAGCUUUCCAAACCAUGUCUGGUUAAUGGUGUUGCUAUGACCUCUAUGUUCUUCUUGGUGAGGAUUGCAGUCAUUCCAGCCUACUACAGCCAUAUGUACACUAUCUUAGGCACGGAGGACUUUUCCAAGCUUCCUCUGGGGGCCCGCAGUGCCUGGGUUAUUUCCAGCGUGUCAUUGGAUGUCAUGAACUUCAUGUGGAUGCGCAGAAUCAUUCGCGGAUGUCUCAAAGUCCUUCGGUCUGCCUGGUUGAGAAAAGCAGGAAUUGAGAUGGAAAACAGAAAGACAGAGUGACACGGAGAAGACAUGGACAGAAAUGCCCAACCUGAUGCUGUAGUCCAAUUGACAAAUAAAAGUGAAUAUUACGCCUGCUGCUGUAAUCAAUAUCUGCAGGUAGUUUUAAACUAACAAAUAACAGUCUUUAAUCAAAUGACUUACUUGAUGUCAUCUUGAAUUAUGGGCUCAACUAGAGGAAUUAUAACUCUUCCUCACAAACACUUUCAGUUCGAAGAAAUCAGGCGAUAAAGAUGAUUUUUAUAUACAAUCAGGACAAAAGGUGUGGUUGCACUACUUGGUAUAAAGCUGCUAUUAAGAUCAACCAACUUGCCUUUUUAUGAAUGCAAUCAAUAAAGCAACAGUACAACUAAACUUGUAAAGAUACAGUGUGUGCCUGUAGCCUGUGAUGCACACAUUUUCAGACUGAUAACCAGUGCUGACAACAAUAUGCAUAGGGUUAGUCAAACAGAGUGAUGUCAUUAGAAGAAAUAUAGUAGUAUACAUAUUUGUGAAAUAAAUAUCUGAUCAUCCUGAAAAGUUUGACAUUGUUUUGCAGCUCAGCAGUGCAAAAUAUUUUACUCAAGAAACCAUGCAUGAAUAAAUAUAGAGAAUAUUAUGUACUAUAUGU